UGCCUUGGGCGGCAGGGCGGAGUCCCGGGUUCGAGCCAGAGUACUUCGGGAAGGUGAGUGUGGAGGAAGGCACGGAAAGGGCGCCUUUCCCCCGCACCGAGGUCAUCAGAAAGGAUGUAGCUGGCUUGUUUCAAGGUCUAUGCUGAAUAUAUGCAUAUAAAUAUGCAGAACUGCAUCGAAACGUCACGACCAUCUUUUGAUGGCAGCCCUCUCAUCAUCUCCAUUCUCCAGAUGGGGAAACUGAGGAGGCCCAGUGUGGCUAAGUGACUUGGCUGAGUUGACACAGACAGUGCCUAGAUUCACACUCCAGCCAAACCAGCUGUCAAGAGCAUGCCUUUGUACCACUGGGGGGCCACAGCCAGGGGCAGCAGGCCUGAUGGGGACGGAACCCAGCUCACGGCUACCAGAGGAGGCCUGAAGGUAUUCCUGCACUGGGCUGGCCCCGAUGGUGGAGAGCCCUGGGUCACCUUCAGCGAGGCCACACUGACUGCAGAGGACGUCUGCAUGCACAUUGCACACAAAGUCGGCAUCACUCCACCCUGCUUCAGUCUCUUUGCCCUCUUCGAUGCCCAGGCCCAGGUCUGGCUGCCCCCAAACCACAUUCUAGAGGUCUCCAGAGAUACAAGCCUGACGCUGCACUUCCGCAUGAGAUUUUAUUUCCGGAACUGGCAUGGCACAAAUCCUCAGGAGCCAGCUGUGUACCGCUGCAGGCCCCCAGGGGCCAAGGCUUCAUCAGAACAGGCAGAGCAGGGCAUGCGACUCCUGGACCCAGCCUCCUUUGAGUACCUCUUUGAGCAGGGCAAGCAUGAGUUUGUGAAUGACGUAGCAUCGCUGUGGGACCUGUCGAACGAGGAGGAGAUCCACCACUUUAAGAAUGAGAGCCUGGGCAUGGCCUUUCUGCACCUCUGCCACCUCGCUGUCUGCCUUGGUGUUCCCCUAAAGAAGGUGGCCAGAAAGAUCAGCUUCAAAGACUGCAUCCCGCGCUCCUUCCGGCAACAGAUCCAGCAACACAACGCGUUCACACAACUGCGCCUGUGGAUCAUCUUCCACAAGUUCCUGUGGGCCUUCCAGCCAGGCCACCUCUCCCAACAGGUCAUCAUGGUCAAGUACCUGGCCACACUCGAGCGGCUGGCGCCCCGCUUUGGCUCGGAGUGCGUGCCUGUGUGCCACCUAGAGCUGUUGGCCCAGGCCAAGGGGAAGCCGUGCUACGUCGAGGAUAGCAGUCAGGCCCCUCCGGACCCUGGGCCCGAGUCUGCUCCAGGACCCCCUACCCAUGAGGUGCUGGUGACUGGCACUGGUGGCAUCCGGUGGCGGCCAGCACCGGCAGAGGGUCCCAGUGGUGGUGAUGGUGGCAGGAGAAGGAAUCCCCAUGCCGGCUCAUCUGGGAAGAAAAUCAAGGCCCAAGAGUCAGUCACCCAACCUGUGGACAGGCUGCAGGAGGCGCCAUGGACCUACUUCUGUGACUUCCAGGACAUCACCCACGUAGUACUGAGAGAAUGCCAUGUCAGUAUCCACUGUCAGGACAAGUGCUUGAAGCUGACUCUGCCUUCCCGGGCCAUGGCCCUGUCCUUGGUAUCACUGGUGGAUGGCUAUUUCCGCCUGACGGCCGACUCAAACCACUACCUAUGCCAUGAAGUGGCUCCUCCACGGCUGGUGAUGAGUAUCCAGGAUGGUGUCCACGGACCCCUGCUGGAGCCAUUCGUGCUGGCCAAGCUGCGACCAGAGGAUGGCCUCUAUCUCAUCCACUGGAGCACCAGCCACUUCAACCGCCUCAUCCUUACGGUGGCCCAGAAAGACCAGGCACCUGGCGGACAGUGCUUGCGCCUGCGGAAGUUCCCCAUUGAGCUGCAUGCAGGGACCUUUACGCUGGAGAGCUGGGACAGGUCCUUCCCCAGUGUGCGUGAGCUUCGGGCUGCCCUGCAGGGCUACUUGCUGCGGGCCGGUGAUGACUGCUUCUCCCUGCGCCACUGCUGCCUGCCACAGCCAGGAGAGAUCUCCAACCUCAUCAUCAGGUGGGGGCCUGAGGCCAGCACCAAGCCUCUCAGCCUCAGCCAGCUCAGCUUCCACCGGGUCUGCCAGGAUGACAUCACCCAGCUGUCCCACUUAGGCCAGGGCACAAGGACCAAUGUGUAUGAGGGCCUCCUGAGAGUGGGUGACAGAGGACCUGAGGAAGACAAGGCAGAUGGUGGGGAUUCCCCCACAGCAGGCAGGGGCCAUGGGCAGGAGCUGCGAGUGGUGCUGAAGGUGCUGGACCCCAGCCACCAUGGCAUCGCCCUGGCCUUCUACGAGACAGCCAGCCUCAUGAGCCAGGUAUCCCACAUGCACCUGGCCUUCGUCCAUGGCGUCUGCGUGCAUGGCUCCAAGAACAUCAUGGUGGCAGAGUACGUGGAACAUGGACCCCUAGAUGUGUGGCUGCGGCGGGAGAGGGGCUGCGUCCCUGUGGCCUGGAAGGUGGUGGUGGCCCAGCAGCUGGCCAGUGCCCUCAGUUACCUGGAAGACAAGAGCCUGGUGCACGGUAAUGUGUGUGGCCGGAACAUCCUGCUGGCACGUCCAGGGUUGGCGGAGGGCACCAGCCCAUUCAUCAAGCUGAGCGACCCCGGCGUGGGCCUGGGUGCCCUCUCCAGGGAGGAACGGGUAGAGCGGAUCCCCUGGCUGCCCCCGGAGUGCCUGUCUGGUGGGGCCAACAGCCUCAGCACAGCAGCUGACAAGUGGGGUUUUGGCGCCACCCUCCUGGAGAUCUGCUUCAACGGGGAGGCUCCCCUGCAAGGCCGCAGCCCCUCCGAGAAAGAGCACUUCUACCAGAAGCAGUACCAGCUGCCUGAACCCUCGUGCCUGGAGCUGGCCAUGCUUACCAGCCAGUGCCUGACCUAUGAGCCAGCCCAACGGCCGUCCUUCCGCACCAUCCUGCGUGACCUCACUCGGCUGCAGCCUCAAAAUCUUGUUGAUGGCUUGGCUGUGACUCCAGACUGUCAGGCGUCAGACCCCACUGUUUUCCACAAGCGCUAUUUGAAAAAGAUCCGGGAUCUGGGCGAGGGUCACUUUGGCAAGGUCAGCCUGUACUGCUACGACCCGACCAAUGACAGCACUGGCGAGAUGGUGGCCGUGAAGGCCCUUAAGGCGGGCUGCGGCCCCCAGCUCAGCACCGGCUGGAGGCGGGAGAUCGACAUCCUGCGCACGCUCUCUCACGAGAACAUCGUCAAAUACAAGGGGUGCUGCGAGGACCAAGGCGAGAAAUCAGUGCAGCUCGUCAUGGAGUACGUGCCCCUGGGCAGCCUCCGAGACUACCUGCCCCGGCACAGCGUUGGCCUGGCCCAGCUGCUGCUGUUUGCUCAGCAGAUCUGCGAGGGCAUGGCCUACCUGCACACGCAGCACUACAUCCACCGAGACCUGGCUGCGCGCAACGUGCUGCUGGACAACAAUAGGCUGGUCAAGAUUGGCGAUUUCGGCCUAGCCAAAGCUGUGCCUGAAGGCCACGAGUACUACCGCGUGCGAGAGGAUGGGGACAGUCCUGUGUUCUGGUAUGCCCCAGAGUGCUUGAAGGAGUGUAAGUUCUACUAUGCAUCCGACGUCUGGUCCUUUGGGGUCACCAUGUAUGAACUGCUGACCUACUGUGACUCCAGCCAAAGCCCCCCUUCGAAAUUUAUCGAGCUUAUAGGCUUCACCCAGGGGCAGAUGACAGUACUGAGGCUCACAGAGCUGCUGGAGCGAGGAGAGAGGCUGCCGCGGCCAGAGAAAUGUCCCUGUGAGAUCUAUCUCCUCAUGAAGAAGUGCUGGAAGGCAGAGGCCUCAUUCCGCCCAACCUUCCAGAACCUCAUACCCAUCCUGAAAACAGCCCACGAGAAAUACCAGGGCCAGGCCCCCUCGGUGUUCAGUGUCUGCUGAAGCUCGCCAGUGGCUCUGCCUUGGGGGAUGGGAGCAGGCAGUUCCCACAGAGAGGGCCUCCCACUCCCUCUCCAGCAGGGGGAAGUUGGCCUCACCCACUCCCUGUGCCUUAACCUGUCUUGGGAUGCCACCUCUGCGACCUGAUUUUCCUUGUCUUCAUCCAUCUGGUCUGCUAUAACAAUACCACAGAGGGUGGUUUGUAAACAACAGUCAUUUAUUUCUCACAGUUCUGGAGGCUGGAAAGUCCAAGAUCAAGGUGUCGGCAUGGUCGCAUUUGGGUGAAGGCCCUCUUCCUCAUUCAUAGCCUGUGCUUUCUCGCUGUGUCCUCAAGGUGAUGAGGGAUCUUUUUGGAGCCUCUUUUUUGAGGGCACUUAUCCCAUUCAUGAGAGACCUAGCACCUCCCAAAGGCCCACCUCCUAAUACCAUCACAUCUGGCAUUUGGAUUUCAAUAUAGGAAUUUUGAGGGGACAAAUAUUCAAACCAUAGCCUCUUCCAUGGUCAUGAGCCUGACACAGGGCCUUGAGGGACCCAGGACAAGCAGAGAGCUAAUUAGGCCCUUGAAUACAAUCUUUAUGCCUUCCCUCAGCUCCUGCCCAUAGAGCCCACCAUCUCUCCACUAAGCUGGUAAUAAACUCCCAUUUCCUCUGCUGGAGUCUGUGGUCCUCGAGCCCUUCAGCAAGUGUCUGCUGUCCUCGUGUCUGCAGCUAGAGCAAGACACUCACUGCAGAAGAAGCCAGGUUCAACUAUUCAACCUUUGCUCACCUCUAAAUCACUAGCUAGCAGUUAGAUCAGUGCCAGGAAUACACAAGAUGCUCGAUAACAACUUAAAUAUACCAACAAAAGAUUUGGGGGAAGGUGCACGCCAUGUAGCUAAGACUCGACCAGUUUCACCCUUUCCUCCAUGUGCAGCCUCGAGCAAGUGACUUUCCCUCUCCGUGCCUCAUUUCUCAACUAUGAGCUGGGGACGGUCAUACUUGCUACCUCAGAGGACCAACAUAAAGAGCUGUGAGGUUGAGUAUGUCAAAUGCUUAGCAGAGAGACUUGCAAAAAAGUGCUUAAUAAACAUUUGAUCUUGUUAA